GAGGGGGGGGGGUUCUCUCUCAUCCUCACCUUCACUCGUUUCUCCCACUCCGUACCGGAGUGCCCGUCGGCACGGGGGGAAUGCGACUCGCCACGGCGGUGACGUUUCUCACCGGCUGCGCCUUGAUUCUCUCUCCGGGCAGCGGGGCCUGUGGCCCGGGCAGAGGGUACGGGAAGAGACGGCCACCGAGGAAGCUAACCCCACUCGCCUACAAACAGUUCAGCCCCAACGUGGCCGAGAAGACGCUGGGAGCGAGCGGCAGGUACGAGGGCAAAAUAACCCGCAACUCGGAGCGCUUCAAGGAGCUCACGCCCAACUACAACCCCGACAUCAUCUUCAAGGACGAGGAGAACACCGGCGCCGACCGGAUGAUGACGCAGAGGUUUUACGACGCCGCCAUUGAUGUGGUGCACUCAGAAAUGUAUUUGACUUCAGUGUCUAAGAAUACAAGUAUUUAUAUCAGAGGUCCCGGUGACCGCGAGCUUCCUCUGGAUCUGAAUGCGUGA